GCUGUAAAUCGGAAAGUCGGAGCUAUUUCCGCCUACCAUUGGAGCUCCACCGGCCACGCAGCCUGCAGCCAGGUGCGCGUGGACCUGUUCUCAUGUGUGCAGCCAGGUGCGCGUGGAUCCAGCCGCGUCUUCUACAUCUGCCCCCUUCCAAACAUGGCGGUAUACAUGAGAGCUCUGAGCACCGUGUGGAGGAGCGCGGCCGCUCCGCUGUCACCAAGCCCCGCGGCGCUUUCACCAGCUGCCGUCUGCGUUCAGAGACCGCGGCAGAGGGACUAUUCAACAAAGCGCAUCAAUGUGGACAAGCCAGUGGUGGAGAUGGAUGGUGAUGAGAUGACUCGCAUCAUAUGGGAGUUCAUUAAAGAGAAGCUCAUCUUACCAAAUGUGGAAGUAGAGCUGAAAUAUUUCGACUUGGGUCUGCCCUAUCGAGACCAGACGGACGACCAGGUCACCAUCGACUCAGCUCUGGCUACUAAGAAAUACGGUGUGGCCGUCAAGUGUGCCACAAUCACGCCUGACGAGGACAGGGUUGAAGAGUUUAAGCUAAAGAAGAUGUGGAAGAGUCCUAAUGGAACCAUCAGGAACAUCUUGGGUGGCACAGUUUUCCGUGAGCCAAUCCUGUGUAAAAACAUUCCCCGUCUCGUUCUUGGUUGGACACAGCCCAUCACCAUUGGCAGGCAUGCCUUUGGAGAUCAGUACCGGGCCACAGACUUUGUUGUGGACAAGCCUGGGAAGUUUAAGGUCGUGUUCGCUCCGGCAGAUGGAAGCAAGCAGCAGGAGUGGGAGGUCUACGAUUUUCAGGCUGGAGGCUGUGGGAUGGGAAUGUACAACACUGAUGAGUCCAUCAGUGGCUUUGCUCACAGCUGCUUCCAGUACGCCAUUCAGAAGAGGUGGCCUCUAUACAUGAGCACAAAGAACACCAUCCUCAAGGCCUAUGAUGGCCGUUUCAAGGACAUCUUUCAGGAAAUAUUUGAAAAGACAUACAAACCCGAAUUUGACAAGUUGAAGAUCUGGUAUGAGCACCGACUCAUUGACGACAUGGUGGCCCAGGUUCUGAAGUCCAGUGGAGGAUUUGUUUGGGCCUGCAAAAAUUAUGAUGGAGAUGUACAAUCAGACAUUUUGGCUCAGGGCUUCGGAUCUCUGGGUCUAAUGACAUCAGUGCUGGUGUGUCCUGACGGCAAGACUAUCGAGGCAGAAGCUGCUCAUGGCACUGUCACCAGGCACUACCGAGAACACCAAAGAGGCAAACCCACCAGUACCAACCCCAUUGCAAGUAUCUUUGCCUGGACCAGAGGAUUGGAACACAGAGGAAAACUGGAUGGAAACUCGGAUUUAAUAAAGUUCUGUAAGACGUUAGAAAAGGUGUGUGUGGAAACAGUGGAGAGCGGGGUGAUGACCAAAGACCUUGCAGGCUGCAUCCAUGGCUUGUCUAAAGUCAAGCUGAAUGAACAUUAUGUCAACACAUCUGACUUCCUGGAUGCCAUUAAGAUCAACCUGGACAAAGCUCUGGGAAAGUAAACAAUCAGACACCACAGUCAACAGAUUUACAAGAACAAAUGUGUACCUUUCUGCUAGUAUGAAUCCUUGUAUAUGGAUGGAUUGUAUAUUUUUGAUAAAGAAGAAAUUUUGCCUUUUAUUCCUGUUCAUUUCACAAACCCCGUCAGCUUUAAAUGUUUUAUAUUGCAUACAGUAAAUAAGGGUAAAGUACAAAUGAAGUUUAAUGUUAAGUUAUGACUGACAGGAAGGUUUUAGGUUUUUAGUUUUAACCUGUGGCAUUGUCGGGGAACACUAUUAAAUUAAAAGAUUAAAAUAAAAGAUGUUAUCAAUAAAA